CAACAGCAGUUGUUGCUGUAUCAACUUUCUAUACAUAGUAUGACAGCACUAUUUCACUCGCUGGAGAGUAAGGGAGGCUGUGUGGGCGUUUGAUAUUGGUUGCACCCGCGCCGGUAGUCCGCACGACUAAACGAUACAGUGACCGCCUAAUUUCCCCAAAAUAUUUAAUGGAAACUGUGAUUUAGAGACAUUAUUUACAAUCCAGUGCCAUCCCUAAUCGACUGCGAAACUUAAGAACUAUAAAAGUGCAUUUACGAAAAAUUAAAAGCAAUAAAAUAUUAAAAUCCUUUUUUAAGUGCAUACUUUUUAGUGUAAAUUAAUUAUUAAAAAGUGAAAAUGUCUGUGGAAGGAUUGGAAUACGACAACAUUGUACAGAAUGGGCCAAAGAAAGUGGCGAUGACGACAGGGCUGGACCGCGACACGAUACGCUCGGCGUACGAGGACGUGCGGUCGGACAACUCCCCCACAGAAUGGGCGGUGUUCAAGUUCGACGGCGCACGGAUCAUAUGCUCGGCGCGCGGCUCAGACUUCACCGAGUUCCGCACACAGUUCUCCGACGACGAGCGCGCCUUCGGCUACCUCAGGCUCCAGAUGGGCGACGAGAUGUCGAAGCGCAAGAAGUUCAUGUUCGUGACGUGGGUGGGGCCCAACGUGUCCGUCAUCAACCGCGCCAAGAUGUCCACCGACAAAGCCAUCAUCAAGGAUAUCAUUUCUAAUUUCGCAGUGGAGCUUCAAUUGGAGAGCCAGUCUGAAAUAGAUAUUGAUCAAUUCAAAGACGCCCUAAACAGGGCAGGCGGAGCCAAUUACGGAACUGGAAUCAGAGAUUUAUGAAUUGAAUAGAAAGAUGAGGGCCUUCCCAAAUAUACGUUUUUAACAAAGCAAUAUUUCACUUUGGUAAUCAAUGAGUUCUCUUGUUGUAGGUAAAUCAUAACUUCUCGCCGAGAUAAUAUUAUCUCGAACAAAAUACCUACAUAAAAAAAAUCUUAAAAAGAUAUAUUUUGUCCUUCCAUGAGGAUUUGUGUCAUUUUCAUGUUCCAGUUUUCGUAAAGAUUGUAUUAAAUGCCAAUUCCAUGAUACAAUUGUGACAAAAAACGCAAAUAGCGAGAAAAUUUUUGUAAGAUGUACCUAUUGCUUUGUUAAGAUAUAUUUUGUGUGCAAGGUAUUUUCAUAUUCAGGUCAAAAGUGGCAUAUUCAAAAAAUUUUUAGUAGACUAAAGUAAUCGUAAAUGAUUAAAAAAAUUUUGUAAUGUUUUAUAUUUAUAUCGUAUAAAUUGAAACUUCGAUUUAUAUUUUGUAUUAAUAUAUUGUGUGACAAUAUAUUUGUAUUUAAUAUUUCUUGGCAGUAAUCUGACUGAAAAUCUUAGUCUUUGCUAUUUUUUACUGCUGCAUCUUGCCCUUAAAAUAAUAUAACAUUUUUUGUAGAGUAGUAACCUUGUUUCCAGUAUAAAUACUUUUUUAUUUCUUAUCAGUCAGCAACUAAAUUGUUUUUUUUUACUAUGAAGAUAUAUAUUUAUUAUUUUUAUUGAUUGUAAGAUUACAUUCAUGGACUGAUUUUUUUUUUAAAUUAUUAAAGAUUAGUUUUAGUGGCAGGGUGCAAUAUUCAUAUUUAGAAUGAGAAUACCUUAUUAAUUGCGAUGUUGCCAUGUGUAAGGCGCAAAAGUGCAUUUAUUUUUUGUCCACAUUUGUAUACAAGCAUUCGGAUUUUACUUGCUUUUAUACUUAUACAUUGACUAGUAUUAUAUCACCCUACAUAAUUAUUGAAAACAGGUAAUAAAAAUUAACCAAACAA